AUGACCCUCCUCUGGACUGGGCCUUUCUUGAUCCUGGCAUUCUUAAGUAAGUGAAAGUUGAUUCUCUUCUUGCAACCUUAAAUUGCCUUGAACUUUUAUCAUUUGCUUCAUAAAUUCUCCUGCAACUCAAGGAAGCCCAACUUUCAUGUUUAAUAUUCUUUUGACUUCACUUGCUGAUUUUGACCUUGCACAAAAGGAAGUGGUAUAGUCCAGAGAUAAAAGAAUGGACUGUACCACUUCAAGGUCCUGGCAAGGAAACCAACAAUAACAAAUGCAUCCCUGCUAUGCUAAGUUUCUGCUGAUAGGGUGUUCUUAAAAUGAGUAUUUUAAAAAUGUAUCCUCUAUGUUGCAAUCCAUUCUCCCACUUCAUAGCUAUUCUAAGCUUGUUCUGCCGCUUAUGUAACCUGAGUCAAUCAAUAUUCUCACUUAUGAGUCAGUCUUUCCCAAACUGGUACCCUCCAUGCCAGCUGGGACCGAUUCGCACUGUAGUUCAAAGCAUCUGCAGAGCAUAAAUUUGAGAAAAGCUACACUAGGAUAAAAGCCACUUUGACUUCCCCCCCAUGCUACCAAGUUGCUGUAGAACAGAAAGCCAGAGAGGGACUUUCUUCUUAUUAUUAUUUUAGAAAUAAAAUGACUUCUCUAACUGAGUUAGGGUUUUAUAUUUGCCUUUCAGAUGCAAGAAAGCCACCAAGAACAGAAAUAAAUACAUUUAGUUCUGCAAUGCUAUGAAUAUUUAACUUAAAAGUCAUUACAGUGGGUCUGACCCCUUAGGAGGCGAGGGUUGGGUUCUAGCUAUGAGUGAGUUAAAUCGUUCUUUCAAUGCAACAUGUGAUAUUGCUGUGUUUCCUGGAUAGGGAAGUUGUGGAACUCCAAAUAUUGCUGGACUACAGCUCCCAUCAGCCUUGGCUGUUGACCUUCCUGGCUGGGGAUGAUGAGAGUUGGAGCCCAGAGACAUAUAUUGUGGGGUGUGGGGCUCAGGUUUCCCAUUCUUGUCAUAUGCAAUUCACCAGGAGCUAAGAGCCACAGAGCAAUUCUGCAGUUGACCCAUCUUGCCUAAUCUCUCCUGCCCUUUUCUCCUCCGCAGAGAGAAGUGUUGGACAGUCAGUGGACCAAACAGAAGGCAUCGUGCAUGUUGCCCAAGGAGAGGGUAUCUCGCUCAACUGUUCCUACAAAGGGACUCCUUAUGGUCUAUUUUGGUACAUUCAGCAUCCAGGCCAACCUCCCAAGCUUUUCCUGAGUAGCUAUGACCUACGAGCUGAUGGGGCUCUUCUUGGCUUCAAAGCUGAGCAGAAGACAGACAAGACUUACAACAUGGAGAAAGCUGCCAGCGCGCUGACUGACUCUGCUAUCUAUUUCUGCGCUGCGAGUGACACAGUGAUGUGGGCCAAUGGAGAAGCAGAGCAAAAACAUUCAGAUGCAAAUGAGACAGAAUGGAACAGGGACAUUCAGAACAGAACAGAGUUAGAGAUCCAGAGCUGCAGUCCUUUGCACAUUUACUGGAAAGAGAGUUGA